UUCUUCAAUUCUUCAAUUCUUCAAAUCUCAGAGACCUCCUUCAGCACUGCAGCCAGCUUUGAUCAUGGCCUCGGCAAUCGACGCCGCUGUCAAUGCAGCACUCGCGUCCAUCCAGCACAAGAACAUGCUCGAGCAGCGUGAGGCAGCUCUGCCGCGGCCCGUGCUCGACAUGAUCGUCGCGACGCUCGCCAGCGUUGGCGGCCCAGCAAUGCACGCCAAGGACAUUGCGCGAUCCAUCACGGCCGAGAUUGCGCACGAAGCUCAGCAGCAGGAGAGUCAUCACGCGUUGAGUACCACUGCAGAUCCAGCGACGACUGCGCGGCCAUCGGACGGGGAAGCUCAAGCGCACGCUGAGCCUCUCACCAUCGACGCGUCGCGCAUCAUGGACAUUGUCGAAAGCGAAAUCAAGCUGCGUGGCAAGCAAUCGCGCGUCCAAAAGGUUCGCGGACAGACAAACUGGAUUACCAUGUCGGAAGCCGAGUUUGAGCGGGCUGCGUUGGCAAACGAGCGUUCGAUGGAAUGGUCCCACCAAGUGGAUCCAAACCUCGCAACGGUUGAUGUGGACGUGCACAACAACAGCAACAACAACGCCGCGCAGCAACACCCCGACCUCUCGAAUCCCACCACGCGGAAUCAGAUCGUACGCCGGGCAUUCGACACGUUCGUCAAGGAGAACAAGAUGCGUCUCAAGUACAAGCACAUGAAGGGCGUGGUCAGCACAACGCUGCUGUCGAACAGCCAACUCGCAGAGCAGCUUCGUCGAGCUCGGAAAGACACGCAGCGGUUGCGACGCGAGUUGCAAUUUAUUGUCAAUCGCCUGGCAACAUUUGAAGAUACCCCGCAAGAUCUCGAUGCAUCUGAUGGCGAAGGGUCGGAUGCAGAGCUCGCAAUGAUUGAGGAUGACGUUCGGGCACAACGGGCAUUGAAGGCUGCGCGAAGUGGCGCCAAUGGCUACGAUGCGCUUGACGGCGAUGGCGGCCGAGGGCGAGCUCUCGAAACCUCUGACGACCCUGUCAGUGCCUCCAACCCUGGUGGCCGGCUCUUUCAAAACGGCUCGCCUGUGGCUGGCUCGCGUGCCCGCAGCGAAGCCGUCUCCCCAUCCAGCCUGGCGCACGCGACAGAUAUCACAGACUCGCCUGCAAAGAGCCACCCAGUCGCGGCCAGCUCAUCAUCAUCGUCAUCGGCAUCGCAGCAUCCAGACGCCGUUUCAUCCCUGCUUGCCAGCUUGGUUGCGCAGCACCGGGCCAAUUCGUCGCAAAAGACAUCUGCCCAAUCUGCACCAGAUGGUGCCUCUCGUUCUUCCACCCCGGCCACCACUGCGGCAGCCGCACUCAACUCUGGUACUGCGGAGGCGCCGAAACCUGCAUUCCCCGGAUCGAGCCGCCAUCGCAAGCGAACAGUCCCCAUUGCUCGCGAUGCCGACGGAAAACCCAUCUUGCCAAUUGUGGUGGGCGCCGUCACGCUCCACAGCCUUGGAGAAAUCGUGUACGAUCGCGACACAUUUCACUCGGACAAGUACUUGUGGCCUCUCGGCUACCACUCCUCGAAAUCCCACCUCAGCGUCAAGAACAUUGACGACCGAACGACCUAUCAUUGCCGCAUUCUCGAUGGUGGUGUCGGGCCGAAGUUUGAAAUUGUUGCAGAGGACGAUCCAGACAACCCGAUUCACGCAGCCUCGGCCACGGCGUGCCACACUGCGCUCAUGGACGCCAUCUACAAGGCUAGAGGGCGCGGCGAAUCGUCCGGAACGGGGUCGGGGCCCAUCUUUUUCGGGUUUGUCCAUCCGACCGUUGUUCGUCUGCUGCAAGAGCUGCCCAAUGCACGCAACUGCAAGCGUUACAUCAUGCAAGACCUUGACGAGAGCGAUGCUCCCACCAACACAAGCAAAGCCCCAUCUUCAUCGUCGCGAUCCAAAACGGCAUCGCCGAGCGUUGGGUCGCGCUCGGUUUCUCCAGGUCCGCUCUCAACGAGUGCGACAUCUGCUGCCACGACCGCAGCCGCGUCGUCAAGCCCCAGUGGCACCGCAGCGGCCAAGCCAAACCGGAGUCGAUCGCGCAACAAGCCUCGCGUGGAGAGCAAUCUCGAGUUUACGUUUACCAUGCCCGAUGGCACGGUCAUUAUGUCGGCUGCGGCGAAAGCUGCAGCUGCCGCCACUGCUGCUGCUGCUGCUGCUGCUGCUGCGGCGGCGGCUACUGCUACUGCUGCGACUGCUACUUCUCCUACUACCGAUGCUGCUGCUGGCGCUGCCACGGAACAAGCACCAGUCAAAGAGGAGUUGGCAGAUUCAACCGAGCAAACUCAGGCAAUGGAUACCGGUGCAGAUGACGCCAAAGCGGCCACCGAGUCCACCGAGUCCAUGAAGACGGAUUGAUUGUCAAAAUCCCCAUGUGCUUGUGUUUGUAAUAUUGGGAGUUGAAAUGUGCGCUUUCUGC